GGCGCGCGCGGCGCGAGCGCAGAAUCCAAGCGCGUCACUCGAAGGCGAGAGACUCGCGCGCAUUCGCGGUUCGGCGCCUGGGAAGAUGCGCACGGCGGGCUGCGCGCGCACUGCUCUUGCCGCGGAGGGGGGUGGCCGGGCGGCAAACUUGCGCCGACGGCAACUAUCGAGCGUGUGAAAGCAAGAGAGAGAGGGAAAAGGAGCGAGCGAUCCGCACCAUGGCAGCCGCGCGCAGGAAAUUCGGCGAGGACUACCGGGCGGUGGACGGCGGCCGGGGCACGGCUUUCCGCGCGCCGGCCAAGAGGAAGAGGCAGCGCUUCGUGGAGAAGAACGGCCGCUGCAACGUGCAGCACGGCAACCUGGGCGGCGAGACCGGCCGCUACAUCUCGGACCUGUUCACCACCCUGGUGGACCUCAAGUGGCGCUGGAACCUGCUCAUCUUCAUCCUGACCUACACGGUGGCGUGGCUGGCGAUGGCCUCCAUGUGGUGGCUCAUCGCCUACGUCCGCGGCGACCUGAGCCGCGGCGGCGGCCGCGACGCGUCGGCCCACGCGCCGUGCGUGGCCAACGUGUACAACUUCCCCUCCGCCUUCCUCUUCUUCAUCGAGACCGAGGCCACCAUCGGCUACGGCUACCGCUACAUCACCGACGAGUGCCCCGAGGGCAUCCUGCUGUUCCUCUUCCAGUCGCUGCUGGGCUCCGUCGUGGACGCCUUCCUCGUCGGCUGCAUGUUCAUCAAGAUGUCGCAGCCCAAGAAGCGCGCCGAGACGCUCAUGUUCAGCCGGGACGCCGUGGUCUCGCGGCGGGACGGCAAGCUCUGCCUCAUGUUCAGGGUGGGCAACCUGAGGAACAGCCACAUGGUCUCGGCGCAGAUCAGGUGCAAGCUCAUUCAGUCUCGUCAGACCCCGGAAGGCGAGUUCCUGCCGCUGGAUCAGCGCGAGCUGGACGUGGGCUUCGGCACGGGCGCGGACCAGCUCUUCCUGGUGUCGCCGCUCACCAUCUGCCACGAGAUCGACAGCAGGAGCCCCUUCUUCCACCUGUCGCGGCGCUCGCUCACCGACGAGCACUUUGAGAUCGUCGUCAUCCUCGAAGGCAUCGUCGAGACCACAGGCAUGACGUGUCAAGCCCGGACGUCUUACACGGAAGACGAAGUCCUGUGGGGCCACCGUUUCCUGCCCGUCAUGUCCCUGGAGGAGGGCUUCUUCAGGGUGGACUACUCUCAGUUCCACAAUACCUUCGAGGUGCCGACGCCUCCCUGCAGCGUCAGGGAGCAGGAGGAGGAGGAGGAGGCGUCGCCGAGGUCGCCCGAGCCGCCGCCCUCCUCCCCGCCGCCGGGGGGCCGCAGGGGGAGGCUCCUCUCGGCCGACGGCGCGGAGACCCCGGAGGAGCGGGGAGGGAUGAAGACGGCGGCGUCGAGAGGCCGCCGACGGCCGUCGCCGCGCGUCCGGAGGACCGCUUGCCCCCCAAAUUGCGCCGAAUGA